CUUUUAGUUGGCGAUGAAGUGGUCGAUGCCACACGGAGCGAAGUGCUGCAGCGCAGUCGAUAUCGGAAAGGAAGUAAUUGUCAAUCAGCUAGAGCUGGAAAAAAGACAGAAGCUGCUGUUUCGCCUUGAAUCACGGCUAUAUAAGUCACGGUGACUCUUCACUGAAGCAAACUGUUUGCCUGAAGUUUUGUGCGUACAGUUUAAGGAGCCAAGAACAAGUAAGAUGGGAGGUCCGUGUGUUGCCACAGUCUGUUUCAUUCUGUUUUCGUUCCUCGGUCAUUUGAGAGCUUCAGUGAUUCCAAAGGAGGAAAUAGCGGAGAAUAGAAAUUUGGAGCAGUAUUACCUUCGCAUAACCGAGAGUGGAACAACCUUUGCAGAGAAAAUCGAAAUAGACGAGGAGAAAGACUUGGAAUAUUUUCAUGUUCCAGCUCACAACGGAGUGAGAGAGGCCUCUGACUAUUUGUACGAUUUUACAAAUGACAUAUCUGUGCGUCGGGUGAAAAAUAAAGCCAUUUGCUAUCUGGGACCACUUCCGGACGACUUGCCAAAGCCAGCCCACCUCAAGGCUGAGUUGCAAGGGCUUUCCCAAGUUCCCCCCUAUGAGAACAAAGUCAUUGUUCAGAACUAUUGGGUCGUAUCAGAGCAGGUCGACAAAAUCUUUCUCCGACGACAAGUGCAAGAAUUCUGUGGCCAAUUCCCAAUCUAUCGCUUGCAAGAAGUUGACUUUAAUUCUACUCGCGAGGCAGAGAUCGACGGAGGACACACCCGUUUAGCCAGAGAUCUUCAACGCGCCAAUUUGACUGGACUGGGUUUCUGCAAGGAAGGAUUGCCAUCCGAGAUGGACUGCAGCCCGGAAGAAUAUACCUUUACGAUCGAGAUCCGUGACUCGGCCUGCACUUGGUGGCUGGUCUGUCAGUUUGACAAGGGAGCACGCGCCGUCAUGUGUGAAAAGUGGGCACACAAGAUGAGCAGUAUGGUUUGUUACAGUGUUAGCUGUCCUCCUAAAUCAGUGGAUCAAGCCUGAUGACGUAUCAUGGAUGAGGAAAAUAAAAUACGCUGUUACUAGCCCAAGGACUAACCAUAAGUUAAGAUACAUUUGUUAAUUUGAUUGCACUGAUAAAUACACUUUUAGAUAUUCCUUGUCAAUCGAUUUAUAAUGAAACAAAAUAAACUUGAAGACGUAAAUUUAUAACUUGUGUUUGAUUAAAGUCUAUGGUUCUGUCUCCACCCUAUUUGACCUUUGAGAGUUUUUCCUUCUGCUUUAAACUAAAGACGCGGAAUUCAUACAACCUUUUCCAGACGAACUAA